AUGCAGCUCUGUUUUGCCCCACUCUCUGAGCAGGCCACAACCCUGACUCCGGGAUCCACACAGCCCAAAGGCUAUGACCUCGACGGUGCCUACGAUGAUACAAUACCACCUACGGAGAAAGCUACAGUGAAAAUGGGCAUUCAGAUAGCUCUUCCUUCUGGGUUUUAUAGAAGAGUAGCUCCAUGGUCUGGCUUGGCUGCAAAACACUUUAUCGAUGUAGGAACUGGUGUCAUAGACGAAGAUUACUGA